AUGUUGAAAGUAUUGGUAUUGGUAACAGUUUUCAAAUCAAUAAUUGCACAAUCUACUGGAGAUUAUACAGUUGAAACAUAUCCAAAUCCAAAAAAAGCAUCAGGCUUUAAAGAAUGUGGAAUGCGCUCAGCGUCAAGUGUUUGUGAUCCAUAUGAGGUUAGUUUUUGAAGAUUUUUAAAAUGUUGUUCCAAAUUCCAAAUAAAAACAUAAUUCCAAUUCAGACUUUAAAUGAAGGCGAGAGAUAUCGAAUCAAUGCUGAAAUUACCAAAUUUACUCAACAAACAACAGAAGGAGGAAAUACUUUCUGCACAAGAAAAGGAACUGAUGUUUUAUUCCUCAUUCACAAUCAAGCUACUCAACAAUUUGCUGAUGAAUUGAGAAAAAAAUGGGAGCUUGAUUCACAGUGCGGACGAACUGGAUUGCUUGUUUUGUCUUUGAAUGAUCGAAAAAUAUUUGCGUCAUUUGAUGAGAGAUCACCAAUUAGUAAGUUGAUUGUUAAACUUUUUUUUUGCUUUUUCAUAUAACAUUUAAAAUAAUUUUUGCAGACUCAGAUCAAGUGUUAGCCAUAAUUGCUACCGAAGACGAGCAAGUCAAAACUGGAAAAUAUACAACAGCUGCUAUCAAUAUUUUGAAAGAGAUCGCAUUAAAACAAAAUCCAUUUGCCGCAACUUCACCAGCACCACCACCAUCAAAAGAAGUCUCGAAAUUCUCGACGACAACAUUCUCGAUUGUAUCUAUUAUUUUGUCAUUCAUCUGUGUUUUAUAUUAA